AUGGCAACUGCAAUGAAUUUCAACCAACAUCAAAUGAUGAUCAUUACUAGUGAUGACAGGAUUAUUGACCAAAUUGAAAUUAAUAAUCAUCCAUCAUCAUUCGAAACAGUUUUUUCAGAAUGUGAAAGAAACAUUAAUCGAUUGCCACCAUAUUAUAAUCAAUCAACAAAUCAUAGAAAGACAAAAAAUACUUCAUUGAUUUGUGCUAUUUGCGGAUCAUUAGCUCUAGGACGCAAUUUUGGUGUUAUUACAUGUGAAAGUUGCAAAAUCUUCUUUCGUCGUAAUGCACUAAAAAAUUCAGGAGCAUUUUGCUGUCGUCAUAAUAAUGCUUGUGAAAUAACAUUCAAUACACGACGACAUUGCUCAGCAUGUCGUCUAGCUAAAUGUCUUAUUAAUGGAAUGAAACGUGAUCGACUACUGAAAGCUGAAGAAAAAGCAAAAAAUCGCCACAUGACAAAAGAAAAUCAAAAUUUUAUAUCACAAACAAAUAAUAAAAUAUAUAAACAAAGAUCUGAAUUGAGAUCAUCAACAUUUCCAAAUCAUUUCUUAACAUCCAAUACAACAAAUAUGAUUUCUACAGGUUUUACUGAAUUUUUACCACAAUCAUCAUUCCAAUCAAAUCAAAAAAUGCUAAGUUUAGAAGAUAUACAAUGUAUAGAAGCUGUUCAAAUUGCGUUUGAAAAACGUAUUGAACUCGCUGCUCGUGAUGGUCUUCCAUGGAAUCCAUCUGUAUAUGCAACAACUCUUUUACAAUAUAUAAAUUCUCAUUCAGUACCUGCAAUGCAUCUUUUAACAUUUUUCAAACAAAUACCUGAAUUUAAUCAAUUAAAUGUUAAUGAUAAACUUAUUUUAACAAAAUAUAAUCUUUUGUCACUUUUUAUUAUUAAUAGUGCACUUUUAUAUAAAAUAGAUACGAAACAAUUUCGAGAAAUUGAUAUUGAUGUACCAUGGAAUUUAUCUAUAUUGCGAACAAUUCAUGGAAAUGAAAAUUGUUUACAAAUGAAAAAAAUCUUUCGAUCAUUUGUACAUAUUAAAUUCUAUGAUUAUAAAAUAAUACAAUUAUCACUUAUUGUCCUUUUUCUAACUAAAGGUCUUUCAACAGGUGAUGGUGUACCAGAACCAAUUCUUAAUGAUAAUAUGGCUGUUUAUCGUGCACAAAAUUAUUAUAUAGAAUUAUUAUGGAAAUAUAUGGAAAUAAUACAUGGUUUUAAACAAGCUUUUCGUAUAUAUAAUAAAAUUAUUAGACGAUUUUUAAUAUGGCAAAAACUUGAAAAAAAUUUACGGCAUGAUAUAGAACAAAAUUUAUCAAAAACGGACGAGAAUGAACUGUUACCAUUGAUGAAAUCAUUGCUUCAUAUUUCAUGA